AUGUCUCAGUAUGCCGCAGAGCUUUGCAAGCUCCUAAUUACAGAUAAUUUCGGGGAGUUAUACUCUCUCAUCUUCUCCUAUCUCCUCCACCAUGGCCGACAACCGCUCCCCCGAAUCGUCCAAAACACCCACCUAUCUCCCCGCCAAGUCAAACAUGGGCUUGUCGUCCUUAUUCAGCAACAUCUCGUCUUCCAUUGUACCUCCUUUGACGAUGGUAUCACAUACUACGAAUCAGAUUGGAGGGCCGCCUAUAACUUGGUGAGGCCAGGGAAGUUUACGCAGCUCGUCAAAAACAGACUAGGCAAACAUGCCGCCAGGGUCUUUUCAACUAUUCUAUCUCUUGGCCAUGCCAAAAUCAGCUAUCUCGAGUCCCUCCCUGAACUACAGCCAGGAUCCGAACCGGCAGGUAAAAUGAAUGGCGUGAAUGGCACCCAUGAGCAGAAUGAUGAGGCGGUUGAUGGCAUCGAUGGAGAACUGGAGAACGGUACCAACCUAAGUGAUGGUCAUUCAUUGGACGGCCCGGUUCAAAAGUCCAAUGGCUAUCAUGAAGUAGAAGCCGCACCCCAGCUUCAAACAAUAUUGCAACAGCUUGCCGCCUUUGGCUUCAUUAUCCGCGUUCGCAAUCAGCAUUUCCAGAGCCCAGAGGAUAACUUUGACGCAGCACUCAAGGCAGUAAAAAGCAAUAGCGACGCGGCCGGGCUGAAGGGUAACAAGCUGGAGGCCAAGCUAGCGGAGGAUGCAGAGAACCUAGUGAAACAGUGGACGGAUGCCACAAUAUCCCGAGGACUUCCGUCAGCCAGUUUGCUACGGGGUGUGAAACGACGUGUCGACAGCGACGGCUCGUCCGGCCCAAGGAAAAGGUUGAAGCUUGAACACCCCUUGGAAGAAGAAGAGGAUGUCGAGGAUAGUGACUUUUCAGGAGACGACUACGCGGAUGACGAGACGAUGCCAUUGGACGAGAACAUGGUGAUUCGUGUUAAUUACGAGAAGCUUAAUGUUGUUCUCAGAAAUAGACGACUGCUUGAGCUAGCCGAACAGAAUGUAACCGCGGUGACAUCCCAAGUAUAUGAAACGCUUUUGACCAGGAUAGAAAUCCAAACUCCGACAUGUCGCGAACAAAAAGAAGCGAUCCCGGAAGGCGAAGAAGCCGAGCAAUAUUCAGUCCCCGUUCAUUUAGACACGAUUUCCAAGGAUCUUGGCCAUGGCGUGGACCUUGCGGGAGUAGGUUCCGGACUUAUGCCUGAUAAAACCAAUGAAUUUGCGGGCGAAGAUGAAGAAAUUAAUGGAGAUGAGGAGAACGGUUCUGCUCCGAAGCGGCGCGGCCCCAGCCGCAACUACUUAGUUGAUCAACACCUGUCCUUUCUUGCUGCAGAACCGAACUUCUUCUGCACACGGCGGAUGCAAGCGGGAAUGAUAACAUGGGCCGUAGAAUAUCGACACCUUGCUAGAAAGUUACGGCAUUUGGAGCUCGAACGACUGGUCGAAGCCAGAUUCGGCAGUUUUGCGGUUCGAAUUGUCAGAGUGUUAGCCGCUAAAGGAAAGCUGGAUGAGAAACGUCUACAAGAAAUUAGUUUGAUGGCAUCCAAAGAUUUGCGGCAAAUUCUGGGGCAGAUGGCAAGUUCCGGUUUUGUUGAGCUACAGGAAGUGCCACGUGACGCGCAACGUCAGCCGUCUCGAACUAUAUAUCUAUGGUUUUACGAUGCAGAUCGAGUCCGACUAAUGGUUAUCGAGGAUACGUACAAGAGUAUGAGUCGGUGCCUACAGCGAAUACGCGUUGAACGGGAAAAGUUGAAAUACCUCCUCGAAAAAACAGAGCGCACUGAUGUUAAGGGAAAUGAAGAGCGCUACCUAUCUACAGCAGAGCUACAGACUCUCAAGGACUGGAAGAACACAGAGGCGAUUUUGCUAGGCGAAGUUGCAAGGUUAGACGAGUUGGUCGCCGUGCUGAGAGACUUCUAA